AUGGAGGACCUUGCAGGUUCUCUCAGCGGCAUGGCCUCAGCGUCCAAGUUUCUAAAAUCUCCUUUCUUUUCCGCAGUGACGGAGAGCCGAGGGAUCCUAGAGAGCAUCCAGAGGUUCUCCCUGCUGCCGACAUACCUGCCGGUGAGUUACCACAUCCACAACACAGACGUCUCCUUCUUCCUGAAAGAAGCCAACCAGGAUAUCAUGAGGAACUCCAGCCUUCAGUCCCGGGUCGAGUCCUUCUUAAUAUAUAAAUCGAAGAGGCUGCCUACACUGAACGCUACCUACGGGCCAUUUUCGAUUGAACAAGUGGUUCCUCAGGACCUGUUGUCUCCGUCAAAUACCUUUGGAUCUACCACCCCCAAGUUCUCCUUUAACUGGAAGCUGAAGGCAUACAUCCUGAGCAACAAAAUCUACCCAAGCCGCCCCAAGGUCCAGGUGUUGUUCUAUAUCGUUGGACGGGACUGGGACGAUUACAGUGUGAGUGAAAGACUGCCUUGCUUACGGGUCUUUGCUUUUCGAGAAACGAGGGAAGUCCGGGGCAGCUGUCGACUGAAAGGAGACCUGGGGUUGUGUGUGGCGGAGCUGGAACUUCUUCCCAGCUGGUUCAGCCCGCCCACGGUGGUUGCUGGCCGGAAGAAACUGCUGAAUCAGUUGGAAGGGAGUCCGGUGGAACUUUACUACGCUAUCCAACAGGGAGACGACAAAGGGGACUGUGCUAAGGGGGACCAGAGGAAAAAUAACGGGAUCAGGGCUGGGCACAAUGACAUUGAUGAAUCUGGGCCACCCCUGCAGAGGAUCGGGACUGUUUUCCUUUACCAGACUCCCGGCAGCCCUUCCUUGAGUGAAAUGAGGUUGGACAGUAACAUUGCAAUCCUGUAUUUGCCAAAGACCGUCAAACGGGGGGAUGUGUUGACCUUUCUGGUGACUAUUGCUAAGAACUCAACCGAGGACCAGUUCACAUUGAGGGCAAAGGUGAAGAAAGGCGUGAACGUUUUCAGCAUCCGGGCCAGCAAUCCCUACACGUGGGACGUCCAAAAGAGCGUGGAUUAUUUAGGGAAAUAUGCACCAGCUGUUAUCUUUUGUCGAAGGAAGUCCUCUCCCCCUGGAAAGAGCCUGGAUGCUCCUCCGUCUGAGAUCAUGCAAAUCGAUUUUGAAAUUGAAGAACUGAGUGACCUGCCAGAGACCCAGCUUAUUACCUGGCAAGUUGAAUAUCCGGGAGAUAGAGCAUCUGACCUGGGUAUCUCCAAGAUCUACAUAAGCCAGAAGGAGUUGAUUGGUGUUCUUCCAUUGGCUAUGGAAGCUGAGAUCCUGAACACGGCAAUUCUCAACGGGAAGACGGUAGCUGUUCCUGUCAAAGUGGUCUCGGUGGAAGAAGAUGGAACUGUCAUGGAUCUUUUCGAUUCAGUGGAGUGCAGAUCUUCUGAUGAAGAUGUGAUUAAGGUCUCUGACAGAUGUGACUAUGUUUUCGUCAACGGGAAGGAGAUGAAAGGGAAAGUGAACGUCGUCCUUCAUUUCACCUACCAGCAUCUGAGCGCCCCACUCGAGAUGACUGUGUGGGUGCCCCGUCUUCCUCUCCAGAUAGAAGUUUCAGACACAGAGUUAAACCAGAUCAAGGGGUGGAGGAUUCCCAUUGUCUCAAAUAAGAGACCAGCUAGAGACAGCGAUGAUGAAGACGAGGAUGAGCGGAAGGGGAGGGGCUGCACACUCCAGUACCAGCAUGCCAUGGUACGAGUCCUCACGCAGUUUGUAGCUGAACCCUCCGAUCCCGGUGGCCAGACAGCUUACCUCCUGGGUUCUGACUGGCAGGUGGACAUCACGGAGCUGGUGAGAGAUUCCAUGCAGGUGGAAGAGCCGAGAAUCGCAAAGCUUCAGGAUGGGCAGAUGUUGGUCGGCCAGGAGUUAGGAAUGACAACUCUCCAGAUUUUAUCACCUCUCUCUGACGCCAUCUUGGCUGAGAAGACUGUGACUGUUCUGGACGAGAAGGUGACAAUUACUGACCUGGGAGUCCAGCUGGUGACUGGCCUUUCGCUCUCCUUGCAGCUGAGUCCAGGAAGCAACAAGGCCAUCUUUGCCACAGCAGUUGCCCAGGAAAUCCUUCAGACACCGAAACAGGUACGAGGCCAGCUUGGCAAUGAUAUCUCUUGA